GGAUUUUACAUGGUACCUCUGUAUAGUUUUGGAUGUAUCCUUCUAGGUACCAUUUCCAUCUACUACCACUUCUACCCUUCUACCUACUACCUCCUACUACCACCCCCGUCCCGCUUCUCAAUCAUUUCCAUUUUAUGCCUUCAACUUGAACUCCACUCCCUCCCUCUCCCUCUCCUCUCUUCCGCACUAUUUCAAAGUCUCCUCAGUUGGAUCCAAGCAACUUAUAUCAUCCUCAUGCUAUUAUCUGGCUCGCUUAUGCAACCGUAAAAGGACCCCGUCUGUUUUCCCCGUCUCGAUGGUAAUAUAGGUUGAUGGCUGCAAUUUCUCAAAACUCUCAAACGACAUCGCUUCCUAUACACGACCACGAGCCUCGCCAGCUACGAUCCCACUCAAAUUCGAAUAGUGACGCCGCGGUGUUAACUGAACACAAAAAACCAAUCCCCGCUACCAUUAGAAAAGUAUACUCGAACGGCCCUGUUGAAUCUACCACUGACGGUUUUGUAUCGAACAAUUUCCGCCACCACCAAGUUACUGCGUCGACUGGUUCUAUUCUCGGCGUUGCAAAAAAUCCUAAGCCUGGAGGGUUGUUUGCUCGUGCUGCCGCAGCAAUUGACAAGAUUUCGGAGCCUACCAUUCGCAGCCGCUCGUCUGCCUCGACUCUGAGUCGUUUGUCGGUGGUAUUAGAUUCUACUAGCGGCGAGAACUCAAAUUCGGAGAAAUCGAGAAUCCGUAGCUUCUCCGGUAACUCAUCCGGUUCUUACACCCAGUCUCCUAGCCUAACCAAGCGGGCGAGUCAGUUAUCAUUGAGGGAUCCUAUCUCGAAACCGUAUUCUGAGACCGACGCAACCCGACCUCCACCCAUCAUAUUGUCUGGUUCAGAGAACAAAAUGCAUCAAACGUCUUCGAGACUGCUCCGCAUGACGGACGACGACCGUCCGUUCACCAAAGAUUUCAAAGACCUGUUCUCAACGCUAAUCGUCAGCUUGCUUCCGCUUUCUGCUCACCGAGUGCGGCUAACUCGAAUUGAGCAUACCUUCCUAUCAGAAGAUGCGAUCAAUAAUUUGGGCUCGUUGAAAUUUUCCCAAUCAAACCGCAUGCCUGAUCCAAAGGAUCCGUCUCGUAUCGUAACGACGACUACAACGACCACCUUCUCCAUGGCAAAGGACAUGGCUAGGUCAAUAUGUCAACGGUUUCUUGAUGCUCGUUUCAUCGAAUCAGCUGACGGCAAAAUGCAACAAGUUUAUACAAUGAAGGGCUCCGUAUGGAAGCUAACACCAAAGGGCGUUUGCGUUUUGGAUCGUUUCUGUUCGAGAAACGGUAUACAGCAAAGGCAAAUUAGUGACCUUAUUGCCCUUGGAAUGAGCUAUCUAUGUAUCCUGGAACGGGAUACGCAAACUGAUAAGUUGGUAAUGGACAGAGGAACAAUGGAAGUCAUCUUCAGGAGGAUGAUAGGUACAAAUGGGUUAAACGUCAAGUCAAGUAUUGGUGUCGCCGACUCGGACUCGUUAAGCGAUUACCGGGAUGGCCUUACUGGUGUCAAGAUGGCUAGUGAGCGCAAAAUUAAUGGGAGGACAUACAAAGAUACGUUCACCGGGAAAGCGUGCUCGGAUUGGUUGAUGGAUUGUUGUACUACGGUUGACCGCAGGGAGACUUAUGAAAUGGGCACUCUAUUCGUUCAAUACGAUCUAAUGGAGUCUGUACAACAAGAUCGGGUUUAUAUGGCUUCUCAACCUGGUGCUGUUUCAUUCCAACCCACCAAGACCGCCAUCUACCAGCUUACUGCCAAGGGAAGAGAUAUUAUCAACGGCAGUUCAGGAAGAGGCCGUUCAUCUGAGAGCGAAGGGCUUGCAUCAUCGCGUACAGGUAUCGCCAGAGACUCCAACACCCAGCGUCUUGAUAAAAUCUUGAGUGAUGCUGCUUUGCGCCUCCUGUUCCGGGAGAACCUACGGGAAACUCACUGCGAGGAGAAUCUAUCAUUUUACUUGGAUGUGGAUGACUUCGUGAAAUCUUGUCGCACAGCAAUCAAACUGGCUACAAAGACCCCUAGCGCAACGUCAAUGGACGGGAUUAAGGAAAUCAUGGCUCAAGCAUACGGCAUCUACAAUGCGUUUUUAGCGCCAGGCUCGCCUUGUGAGCUGAAUAUCGAUCACCAACUGCGGAACAAUCUUGCUACUCGCAUGACAAAAGCAGUAGGACAAGACGUAGCAAUGAUUGACACGUUGCUAGAGGUUACGACCCUCUUUGAAGAUGCUCAAAAUGCUGUCUUCAAGUUGAUGGCCAGUGAUUCCGUCCCCAAGUUUUUGCGCAACGCGAAAUACGAACAUACACUGAAGAAUUACGAUUUCGAUGCGAUUGUUGUUGGAGGUCGCGCGCCGGAACGCAGCCGAAGUCAAUCUAACCGCAAGUAAAAACAAGACGAAUUCGGACCAUCUUCGAAAUGCCCCGCGUUGAGUAGACGGCGUAAUCCGCUUUUACGAAAACGGGGGACUUAUCUAUUCGAUGUCAAUCAUCCAUCAUCUAUUCUCUUUUUAUUUUGCCUUAGCGACGUCAUCAUUUAGUGGCGUUUGAUUGCAAAGACGUAAUAACAAUCUCCGACAUCUGUUUCCCGGUUAAGAUUUUCUUUGUUUACUCGGACGGCGUUGAGGAUAAACUAGCAUAGACAUUAUCGGCGUUCUGAACCGCACCAUAUUGAGUGGCUCAUCUGCAUUUUAUCCGUAAAGCGCAAAAGGGGUGGGAAAAUUCGCCAGAGUAUAUAAGGAGGCUUUUGGUACGAGAUAUGGACUAACUACUGCGCAAGACGAUUCCCAUCGGCUAUCCAUCUGCACAGCGGAAAGCUCGGGGUGCGUCAAUGAGCAAGUGAACUAGGGCCGACGAUGUUAGGAAGUAUUAUGUCGCAGUUCUAGAGUUUAUAAUGAUCACAGCGUUUUCUAGGGAUAGAGAGGGUGGUCUUGGGGUUUUCCAUAGCCCUAUAUCACCGGAGCAUUUAUAAGUCGCAACAACAAUGAGCAGUCGUGGACGCGUUUUUCGGCCAAACUGCCGGCACCCUGUACAUAAAAUUGGCUAGACUAAAGCUGGCAAGCUACCCGCUGCGGUGCUCAAAAAUGAAAAUCAAAUUUUGAAGUAGGAAG